AUGCAUAUUCGUGCGAUUCACUACGGAUUAGCACUACCAUGGAGGAACUUCCCCUGCACAUCACUCUCUUCGUCAAAGCAUCUCCAUGCGUUCUUACUCUCCGCCGGACAGCAGGCAAGGUUCAUGAUGCUCAAGAUUAUUGUCAAUGCUCGAAAGCUGCUGCCGUGGGCUGUCGGAGCUUUCAUCAUUGUAUUCCUCAUAGGAGCUGGCUUCACUUCUGCAAGCACCCCGUUUCCGCCCCUUGGCAAGGCUCGGUCGCAUGCGCUCGCUGAAGAUGGCAAGCUGGGCAACAUCCAGAACGCUACUUUAGGGUUUGAGAAGAUCUUCGUCAUCAGUCUGCCUUCGCGCAGCGAUCAUCGAGACGCGGUAGUGUUGGCUUCACAUCUCACAUGUCUGGCCGUCGACAUUGUGGACGGUAUCACGCAUGUCGACGACAAGGCGCAGCCGCCAGGUGCCGAGAAAUUCACUACCACAGGCGCGCUUGGUGCCUGGAGAGCUCACAUGAAUACACUUCAAACGAUAGUAAAGCACAACACUACGAGUGCCCUUAUCAUGGAAGACGACACCGAUUGGGACAUCCGGAUCAAGUCUCAGAUGCAAAAUUUUGCUCGAGCUUCAAGACUUCUGCUGCAGCCAAUAUCCGGGACCGCUGCAACGUAUCUCGAUCCGACUAUCUUGCAUCCCGAAGAAGCCCUCAUACAGGGUGCCCAGACCUUCGACAUUGCGCACAGCGCUGUGCCACAGGCGACAAGCUCCCCCUAUGGCGAUGUGCACAGGUGGGAUCUGCUUUGGCUUGGCCACUGCGGCGCCAGCCUUCCACGAGCCGAGAAUCACCUCCCACUCGGUCGUGUAAGCAUCUCUGCUGACGAGACAGUGCCAGAGAAGCAACAUAUUGACCCACAGCUUGGUGAUCAACAGCUGAUACAACAGUACUCAGACCACACUCGGGUCGUAAGCCGAGCAUACAUGAACACGUGUUCGUUAGCGUAUGCAGUUUCGCUGCAAGGUGCUCGGCGGAUCCUGUACGAACUCGCGAUCCGCAAAAUCGACAAGGCUAUGGACCUGUCAUUGCAAGACAUGUGUGACGGUGUUAACGAUCGCCCGGGCCUUACUUGUCUAUCUGUGCUACCACAACUGUUUCAGCAGCAUCGGCCUAUUGCGCGAGAGUCAAGCUUCAGCGACAUUGACAAGCGUCAGGAUGGUGCUGAUAUGGCCGAGGAGAAGUACAAUAACAUUGCAUUCAGUCGGAACAUCAGGUGGAGCACACGAGGCAAUUUACGACAGCUUGUAUAUGGUGAUACCAACUACACCGACUUGUUCCCGGAUGGCAUGCCUAAGCCUGACCUCGUUGGCUGA